GUCGCAAAAGAAAAACACGGGUCACGCGCGCGCUGUUGGCAGUGACGAUGAUGUCUUUCUUGCCGGGGCGACAGGGCCGUCGGUGGCAACGACGGCGACGGAAGGGGGACGACGAGGGAGAGGGGGACUCGGGCGCCUAUCCGACGCGGCGCUGCCAUUUCUGCAACGAAGUCAGCCUCAUUGUGCCCCCGCUUCCUCCCUCGGACGAGCACCAAGACGAUCUGGGCGGAACGAGCAGCGCAAGCACGCUGCGGAGGAGCGUAGGCACGGUGCAGGAAGCGUGGUACUGCUCCUCGUGCAGGUGCUGGAACAGGUACGAUGCCGCCCAGGUUGGGGGCCUGGCGACGUGGGACGAGUCGAUGGCGUGCGUCGCUUCGCCGCCGCCGCCGCCGCCUUCUUCUCGCCCUCUUUCUGCUUCUGCGCCGAUCAAGUCGAAGUCGCUCUUCUGCCACACGUGCCAGACCAACCAGACGCUCGUGCUGUCCAUGCUCGCCUCGCACGACGCCGAGGGUGAGUCUGACCUGGACGACGUCGGACAUGGGCGCGAGCGCGAGUGGCGCGAGGCGCUCCAGAGGAGGUACCCGCCGCUGUGCAAAGCAUGCCAGCCCAUGGUGCAGGCCCGCAUCGAGGAGAAGGACCGCAUGGCACGGCAACUCAUCUACAAGUCGCUUCUCGAGCGGCGAGCCAGGAAAGACGACCAGACUAACGGCUCGCGUCGCCCAGACGAUGAAGAGAAGACGGGCCGACGAGGGGGGAAUAGUGCACGAGGCUUCGUCUGGCUCCUCUGCACCGUCUCUGGCUUCUUGGUCGCACUUCACGGCCUCGUCAGACCUGUCUCGUCGAGCGCCGCCUCAGCUCACGCAAGCCUCGUUGUUGUCAGCAUCCUGCUCAGCAUCGUCUCUCUCUCCUACAAUCCAAGCCAUCUUUUCUUUGCCGACGCCGAUCACAGACGGAUCCAGGGCCUCGACGUGUGGCUCGGCACCCAGCACAGCCUGCUAUUCGUCCGCACUGCCACCCUGCUCAUUCUGUCUCCCUCCCUGCGCUGGCCACUCGAUGAGACAGUCGUACGCCCUGCCCUGUCUUUCGUCUCUCUACUUUUGCAGUUUUGGCUCCUCAAGCACGCAUUCACUGCAGUGCGCUUGCGUUCACCGCAGCGCGUCACGCUUCGAUCGCGCCCCGUCGAGCUGAGCGACGCCUCCUCCUCGUCCAGACCGGCGACGGACCCACUAGCGGGCGCGCUGCCCCUCUCCCUCGCCGACGGGCUCCCGUCGUCUGACCCAAUGAGCAGCGCCCUCGACGAGCUUCUCCAGUCUCCUCACACAACCCACAAUGGACUCGCGCAAGGAGGCCAGGACGAGGAGAUGGACUGGACACCGACGACAGCGGCACCGGCAGUGGCAGACGUGGGUGCUGCUGGUGUCACGCUGGGUCCCCAGCGAUUCUUUGGACCAAAGGAGGUGCCGACGGGCCUCGAGGACCUGUUUGGUGCCGCGCUGGCGCUCCGCGACGAGGACGACGACGAGCAGGCGCACGAGGAGCGAGCCAAGGCGGCCAAGACGCUCAAUGCGCAAGGAGCAGCGGCCAAACUGUGGCCUGCCGCCCUCGCUGGUGCGCUGGUGGUGGCUGCGGCCAUAGCCGUGGCCUGGCUCGCGACGCCGGUGACAGAACGAGACCUGUGGGAGGCGUGGGAACGGCGUGGAAACGGGCUCGAGAGUGGACCCGCUUGGGGCUUCCUGAGAGAGAUGGACCCAGCGUAGCAACAUGUCGCCCAGAAUGACUAUUUCUUCUCACUGUACUGUACCACAAUUGUAUGCUAUCAUUUGAACCCGAUCACUCGCGAUGAUAAC